CGAGAAAGGGCCGGAGCCAUCGGGCACCACCUUGGACCGGAAAGUGGGCAGGCGGUGACAACCGAAGAGCCGGCAAGACCUCGCAGCACCCUCGUCCUCCAUGUGCCUUCCGCGGAGGGCCGGGUUGGGGGAAGGAGCGGGAGGCCCCCCAACCGCAUCACGCGAGGGCGGGGACGGCACUUGUCGCGUGUCUGGCGCGGGGCCGGACGGGUGGCAGCGGGAGGGGGUGGUAGUAGAGGGUGUUAGAGAUGCAGGGGUUCAGAAGUCUAGCAGGAGACUUAGACCUGGAAGCGCCUCCUCGGAGGACUUAGGGGGUUAGAGGAGGCCGUGGGCGUGUCUGGUAUGGGAUGCCUUGCAAAGGAGGGGGCCCUGUUGAGUAGUUCUGUGGGUGGUUCCUUUAAGGAAUCCUCUAACUUUUUGCCCUUUGAUUUGCCAAAGAGAGAGUCCCCAUGGUCUCUGUUCAAGUUUUGGAAACUUUCUCUUUGGGUGGGCCUAAUCACCUACUACUUCAUUAUAGAAUUGCCCAGGGUCUUUUCUGAUACUGAGCACAAACGUGGGGAAUAUGGCAGAAAACAGGAAGCCGCUGCUGGGCUUCGUGGGCAAACUCCCAUGUGGGACCACACCUGGGAACUCAGGCAAGACUCACUGCCCUUUGUGCAUGGGGCUUUUCAAGACCCCCAGGCUCUUGCCUUGUUUGCACACAGUUUGCACCACCUGUCUGGAGCAGCUGGAACCCUUCUCAGUAGUGGACAUCCGUGGGGGAGACUCUGACACAAGCUCUGAGGGGUCAAUAUUCCAAGAACUCAAGCCAUGCACUCUGCAGCCGCAGAUCGGCAUCCUCUGUCCGGUAUGUGAUGCUCAGGUGGACCUGCCCAUGGGUGGAGUGAAGGCUUUAACCAUAGACCACCUGGCCAUGAAUGAUGUCAUGCUGGAGAGUCUGCGUGGGGAAGGCCAGGGCCUGGUGUGUGACCUGUGCAGCGACAGGGAAGUGGAGAAGAGGUGUCAGACCUGCAAAGCCAAUCUCUGCCACUUUUGCUGCCAGGCUCAUAGACGGCAGAAGAAGACGACUUACCAUACCAUGGUGGACCUCAAAGACUUGAAAGGCUACAGCCAGGUUGGGAAACCCAUUCUGUGUCCUGCUCACCCUGCAGAGGAGCUGAGGCUGUUCUGUGAGCUCUGCGACCGGCCCGUGUGCCGGGACUGCGUGGUGGGGGAGCACCGGGAGCACCCCUGUGACUUCACCAGCAACGUGAUCCACAAGCACGGGGACUCGGUGCGGGAGCUCCUCAAAGGCACCCAGCCCCACGUGCAGGCCCUGGAGGCAGCGCUGGCGCAGAUCAAAGGGACCCACAGCGCCCUGAAGGAACGAGUGGAGGCUGUGGCCGCCGAAGUCCGGACCUUCUCCGAGGGCCACAUCAAGGCCAUUGAGGAGCAUCGGGACAAGCUGCUGAAGCAGCUGGAAGACAUACGGGUCCAGAAGGAAAACUCCCUGCAGCUGCAGAAGGCACAGCUGGAGCAGCUGCUGGCAGACAUGCGGACCGGCGUGGAGUUCACCGAGCACCUGCUGAGCAGCGGCUCCGACCUGGAGAUCCUCGUCACCAAGGGGGUGGUGGUGGAACGGCUGGCAAAGCUGAACAAAGUGCAAUACAGCGCUCAUCCCGGCGUCAACGAGAAGAUCACCUUCUCUCCCAGGGCGAAAGCAGGCCUGUGCCGUGGCUAUGCGGUCUAUGGGGCCAUCAACACCAAAGAGGUCGAUCCAGCCAAAUGCGUGCUGCAGGGGGAAGAUCUCCACAGAGCCCGGGAGAAACAGACAGCCUCUUUCACCCUGCUUUGUAAGGAUGCAGCCGGAGAGAACAUGGGCAGGGGAGGAGACAACAUCCAAGUGGCAGUAGUCCCUAAAGAUAAGAAGAACAGGUGGGUACCUAGGCUGUGGUCACGGACACAAAGGCCACCCAGGGCGUCCCCACUGGUCGUGCUGUGGGAAGUUGACCGAGAAGUCGGAGUGCACGUGGGCAGGUGGCCAGAGCGCACCGAGGGGUCUGCUGAGGACAGUGGCGCUCUGAUGGCUCCCUGGGGUGCGUGGUCAUGGCUCCGGCCAGCACAACUUCGGGCUCCCGGAGGACCCCAGACCUACGUUCUGAAGAAACGGACAGAAUUAAAAGCAAAGUGCCUUGCGUUAUACCCCUGAGUCCAAGGACGUUUUGUUUUACUCCCUGCUUGUAUGUGCAGGUGGUUGAGCACCAGAGACCAGACCACGUCUCUCUUCUUGGCCAAAGGUGUUGUUUUUUUUUUUAGGGGGAGGGGCAGGCAGUCAGCGGUCUGGUUAAAGUUAACACCAGAUGGUGCCCCUCAUCGGGUCCUUUUAAAAAAUACACACAAAAGUCCGGUGAGAUCGCAGCUGUACCAAACAGCUAAAAGAGAUUUUAGAAUCCUACAGUGUGUAUCUUAAAAAUCUGAUCCGUUCAUCUUUAAGAUCAGAUGGAUCUUGGAAACUAGCCGUUUUUAAAGCUGGCUUUCUAGGCGCAUAAUGUGUGCACUACGGUUUUAAAACAGUGUGCGUGUGUUUUUGUAUGACGGAGCCCGUUCAUAGGAAGUCUAAAUUGCCUAGAAAUAAUGUACCAUGUUGACUAGCAGAGUGGUAUUAGAGGUGAUCUCAGUGUUAAGUAGGAAAAUCUAGUUCAAUAAACUCUGUAUCACCCCUCAAGAAAAAGUGUCCUUUCUAUACUGAUAUUUUGUUUUAUACAGGCAUGGGGGUAGCCAGAUCCUUAACCACUAGGCUACUGGGGAGCUCUUGGUCCCUUACUUUUUGAUAUAUAGCUUUUAAAUUCCUCCCUGAGCUACAUUAUUUCGAUCUCUCCCUUGGAGAAUAAAAGCCUCCUUUCCAUCUA